UUAGCACAGUGAUUACAGGAACCACAGCCCAAACAAAAAAGCAGGAAACCCUUUGACCGGGCUCCUUCCUAUUGCACCAACAGCCUUGUGUUGCUGCAAUGAAAACACUUCCCUAAACAGCUGUGGCCAAGAGACACAGAAACUGCCUUGUCCAUGGGCCCCACCUCAGACUCCAACACUCACCAAAGAGCAGAGGAGCCCCAAGUAUCGGGGACCACAGAAGAUGCCAUGUGCUCCAUGAUGCUUGCCCCCGCCUGCCUGGCCUGCUUGUCUCCCUGCUUCUUGCUGCUGGUACUGGUCCUUGUCCCCUCAGAUGCCUCUGGGCAGAGCAGCAGGAAUGACGGGCAGGUGUUACAGCCUGAGGGCCCGAUGCUGGUGGCAGAAGGCGAGACACUCCUACUGAGGUGUAUGGUGGUCAGCUCCUGCGCCGAUGCCGAUGGUAUGAUAAAAUGGGUCAAGGUGAGCACUAAGGACCAACAAGAAAUUUAUAACUUUAAACGUGGCUCCUUCCCCGGGGUGAUGCCCAUGAUCCAACGGACAUCAGAACCACUGAAUUGCGAUUAUUCCAUCUAUAUCCACAAUGUCACCAAGGAGCAUACUGGAACCUAUCACUGUGUGAGGUUUGAUGGUUUGAGUGAAUAUUCAGAAAUGAAAUCGGAUGAAGGCACCUCAGUGCUUGUGAAGGGAGCUGGGGACCCUGAACCAGACCUGUGGAUCAUCCAGCCCCAGGAAUUGGUGUUGGGGACCACUGGAGGCACGGUCUUUCUGAACUGCACAGUGCUUGGAGACGGUCCCCCCGGACCCAUCAGGUGGUUCCAGGGAGCUGGUGUGAGCCGGGAGGCCAUUUACAACUUUGGAGGUAUCUCCCACCCCAAGGCGACAGCAGUGCGGGCCUCCAACAAUGACUUCAGCAUUCUUCUGCAAAACGUCUCCAGUGAGGACGCAGGCACCUAUUACUGUGUAAAGUUUCAGAGGAAACCCAACAGGCAAUACCUGUCUGGACAGGGCACCAGGCUCAAAGUGAAAGCAAAAUCUACCUCUUCCCAAGAGGCAGAAUUCACCAGUGAACAUGCAACUGAGAUGUCUCCAACAGGCCUCCUGGUUGUGUUUGCACCUGUAGUCCUGGGGCUGAAGGCAAUUACAUUGGCUGCACUCCUCCUGGCUCUGGCUACCUCUCGGAGGAGCCCUGGGCAAGAAGAUGUCAAGACCACAGACCCAGCAGAAGCCAUGAACACCUUAGCAUGGAGCAAGGGUCAAGAGUGAGGGGUCAGCCCAAGACUGGGGAUCCUCUGAGUUGGAGAGGAGCCAGGGCUCCUCAACCAUUUCCCUACCUCCAGUCCCAGCCUCCAGAUGCCCUCAGGCCUCAUGACGAACUCCUAGAUCCCUACAUCUGGUUUUGGUCCACCCAGUGAAAUUCCCCUCUUUGCACUGGGCUUCCCUCUAAAGUGUCUCCCUUUCUCCUUUUGGCCUGUUCAAGACCUCCUUGCUUUUCAGUCUCUGGCUCAGUCUCUCCUCAACACCCUUGCCCCUGCUGAAGCCCUUUCUGGUGAGCUCUGCCCCUUUCCCCACCUCACCACAUCCUUCUUGGCCUCCAACAUCCAACUCAGAGUCUUCUUCCCAGGAGGUGUCCCUAAGCAUCUCUGAGCUCAACCAGCCAGACCAUCUGAGCUCCUCCAUCUACACCCUUCUCCCCACCCCUUCCUGCCUUCCUUCCAUCCCCCUCAUGGCUGGCUUGAGUGGGUGUAAUAUUAGAAUGCAGGUUCAACAAAUAUAACAAAACUCUUAAAUAGUUGCUUAAACCAGUGGAAAUCAACCAGAAAGUUGACCAUCAGCAGGCCAAGCAAUACAGAGACUCCCUGGUUUUGAGACUCAGGAUUCAUUGAUCUCGUUGCUACCAGGUCCACCUUCUAGGCAGCCAGAUUGGAGAAGAAGGCAGGGAAGGGGAGCAGGACCCUCCCCUUUAAGGGCACAGUCAGGAACUUGGCCACCUCACUUACCUCUGCUUGGCUGGAAUGGGGUCACAUGGUCACAACCUAGCUGCAAGAAAGGCUGGGAAAUGUAGUCUUUAUUUCUGGCAGCAAUGCGUCCAGCUGCAAGUUUUCACUAGAGAAACCGGAUGGUAGAAAUCAGGAGAUAACCAGUUAUCUCCACCACAGCGGCAUACAGGCAGCCUCUCACCUGCCCUGUGGUACACCUGAGUUUAAUGCCCAGCUAGCUGGCCAGCACUUCUUCCCACCAUCACCUCCCCUAGGGCAGCAUGAUGUGGGGCAGUAGUUUCCAAGAAGAGUGAUUUUGUCCCCAUGGGACUUUUGGCAAUGUCUAGAGAUGUUUUUGGUUGGCACAACCUGGGGGGUGCUACCACCAUCUAGUGGACUGACAAGCCCUGACAUGGGGAAGAGUGUGUAUGCCCAGGAGUCAGACACACCUGCCUUUAACCCCGAGGCCUCUGCCCCCUCCCUGUGCGCCCUUAGUGACUAAUCAGAGUCUCUUCACGUCACAGAACAUCCAGGAUACUAAUGUGGACUUUUCUGCAUUGUGUAAGAACCAACUCAAGGCCAGGCACGGUGGCUUAUGCCUGUAAUCCCAGCACUUUGGGAGGCCGAGACAGGUGGAUCACCUCAGUUCAGGAGUUUGAGACCAGCCUGGCCAACAUGGUGAAACCCCGUCUCUACUAAAAAUACAAAAAAUUAUCCAGGCAUGGUGGCGGGCACCUGUAAUCCCAGCUACUUGGGAGGAUGGGGCAGGAGAAUCGCUUGAACUGGGAGGCAGAGGCUGCAGUGAGCUGAGAUAGCGCCAUUGCACUCCAGCCUGGGCAACAAGGGCAAAACUCCAUCUC